CCAAAAUCUCAGUCUUCAUUUCUCAAACCAACAACAACAUCAUCCGCAAAACAGAAACAGAUGACGUCUGAAUCCAAUCCGUCCGAUGCCGGCUCUUCGCCGUCGCUGCUCCGCACCGUCUUCAAGGCGACCAGCGAAGAUACUCCCAGGUCCAUCCUGACCUUCGGCGACCUGGCGACCCAGCAGCCCUUCUUUGACUCGUUCGGCCUCGAGCUCUCCAAGUUCUCCUCCGAGAGCUACUAUCAGCCCGAGAGGGACGCGUUGACGGCCAGCAAGGACAACCUCAAAUUCCUGGCGUUCGACACGACCAGCGGUCCCAUGCACGCGGAUGCCUUCCUGGAUUAUGGUGGCCGUGGCGGCUGGCGCUACAGCUGGCGCAUGGCCCUCAUGAGCGGGCAAGGCAUGCUGGCGAUGGCGGAUGCAACCAAGCCCGCCUCGCUUGCCAACUUGCGCCUGGAGCUCGACAGCAUUACCAACAUGCGCUACCGCAUGUGGGACUCUGAAAGCAUCAACUCGACCACGCCUCUUUGCCUGCUGAUUGCCAACGCCGACCAGCCCGAGGCCGUGGCGACUCGGACCAUCAUCCGCGAGCUUGGCAUUGCCGACAGCUUUGCUCGCCGUGGCGUUGCCGUGUUUGCGCUUCGCGGCUCGAUUGCGUAUCAGCCUGCCGGUCAGAACGACGCAGCGCUGACGCAGGCCCUGCAGUGGCUGAAGGUUGGCAUGGACGCUGUGCGCCGAUCCCGCAUGGAUGACAGGAAGCGCGGCAAGUCCAAGAAGGGUUCGAUCAAGGUCGCGCUGUACGACGAGGAGGAGCUGGAGGCCGAGCCCGCGCCCGCGCCACUCUCCAUCUUUGACAAGGUGGCCAACUUCUUCUCCAAGUCACCCGAAAAGCCCACCGUGACCAAGAAGCAGAGCGGCGCUCAGACAUACGAUCUUGGCCUCGUGUUCAGUGGCGCCGGCCAAAAUGUCUCCCAGCAUCUGAGGGCCGAGUACGCUGCAACCCCGGCGCCAGUCAAUGAGGACGAGAAGGAGAAGCCGAAGCCUGCCGAGGAGAGCCUCGAGGACUUGUUUGAGAAGUUGACAAAGUCGUCCGAAGUCGCCAAUGAAGCCGCUAUCGCCGUUGAGCCGGCGGACGAGGUCCCCAAGCCGGCUGACACGACCGAUUCGGAUUCUGGCAUUGGCGAGGAUCAAGCACUGGUGCUGGCCGUGGCGGUUGCGACCAAAGAGCUCGAAGUGACUCUGCCAAAGCCCGAGGUUGUUCAGCAGCUCACCUCGUUUGAUGUGGCUCUGGGUACUGCCCCGAUUGUUCCGGCUGCCGUGUAACCAGAGAUUCUGUUCCCGGGACAAUUAUUGAGCGAUUGAAAAGACCAAAAAGAAAAACAAAGAAAUGAAAAAGGAAAAGAGAAAAACCAAAUAAGAAAUUUACAGCUUGAUUUGUCGGACUUGCAUUGUUCUGUCCAAAAGAUUUGAAAAGACAUGUAAUCGGAAAAUACAACACACGUGAAUGCAUGA